CUAAAUUAUUCACCCCUCUGCCAAGUGUCAUUGGUUUAUUCCAACAUGGCGGCGUUGAGGUAGAAGAACUAUGCAUAGGUCACGUUGUUUUGGUUAUAUAACUUCGUCUGGUAGGUUAAUAUCGCUCUCAACAACAACGAAACAUGACGUUAAUUCUUCGCCUGACAUCUGUACGAAGUUUUCGGUCGACGCUAGGUUCCUCCGUGGGUCUGGGAUCGGUCUGGUUUGGAGGAUGUCCAACGUGCAACAAACUCAGGACCGCUGCACGGUACCAGAAUACUGUUGACUUCCGGACGUAUGCAAAUGUGGCUGCAAAGAAGAAAGACCCUCGUGUUGAGUUGUACACAGUGUUGUCAUCUAGAGCACAACAGCUAAGCAAGCCAGAAAAAGGUGAAGGAGUCAGACAAAGACAGAAGAAACAAGAGAUACUGAAGAAGAGGAAAGUGUCUAGUCACGUUAGACUUGAACCUGUGACAUCACCCCUUCACCCAGCACAACAGACACAUGCACAGAGAAGUCUAUCAAGCAAAUCAACCGUUAACAUGUAUACUACUGAUGAAGUGGAACAGAUGCAAACAUCACAAAGAGACAAUAGUGUGUCAAAAUGGCAGGCAACACAGAAGAAACCUUUCAGAAACACUCCCAGAGUCACAGAAUCAUUAGUGGAGGAAGAGCUGGAUGUUCUUGAGGAAGAGGAAGAAGCUCGUGAGAAAAUUGCAAGGAGACAGGAAGAGAUGGAGAAGAUGAAGAACAUUGAGAGGAGGCAGAAUGAGGAACAAGCUUAUAUCUUGUCAUUUAUGGAAGCAUGUGUGUCUAUAGGAGAGGUGGACAGAGCUACUAGAACCCUGCAUUACUUGAAGAAUCAGAAAAAGAAAAGGAAACAUUUAAAUGCUGAUAUCUACAAUGUUGUGCUGAAGGGAUGGGCGAAACAGGCCAAUAUGGACAAAAUUCGCCAUUUGUUCUUCAUGAUGACCAAAGAUGCCCUCCAGCCCAACCUACAGUCCUACGCAGCUGCACUGGAGUGUAUGGGCAGAGCGGGAUUGACAGGUGGUGUGCCCAUCAGAUGUGUGAAACAGAUGUACAAGGAGGGCUUCAAUCUAGAAGAUAUUUUUAGGGAUUGCACCUUCGAAGCUGAUGAACAAGAGUACAUAUUAAAGGCAAUACAAGAUGGUUGUGGGAUGGCUGACUUUGCCCCACCACUGCCUCCUCUGCCCCAGAGGUGUACAACGGAUCUCGUAUCAUCUAUCUAUGCAGACGAAAACAACAGCCAUGACAGUGAUGAGUCCUUGCAAGUACAGCCCCUGUUCACAGAAGAUGAGGUUUUACAGAGAUGUAAUGCCCAGCUGGAGAUGGAGACCCAACACUGGCUGAAAGUAGAGUCUGUGGAGGGGCAGAGACAGUCCAGUCAGGAAGUCCUGAAGUUGCGUGAGCUUCUGCAGACUCACAAGACAAUGUGGGAGGCAGGUUUGUUGGAGGCUUUCAGGACACUCAAAAAACAGAUGGACAGGCAGAGUAAAGUGAAAGGCCAGGUGAACAUCUAUCCUUUCCUGUGUGUGCUGGACGAUCAGGAAUAUGUGGAAAUGAUGGUGCAGGCGAUCUGCCUUGUAGCAGUGACCGGUGACCCCCUAUUGAUCAUAGCGCGUGAGCUCGGCAUGAAGAUCCAACAAAAGUACCGCAUCAAACAGAAACUACAGAGUGGCGGUGUUGAAAAGAUUGGACAGAUUUACCAAGACUACUGCAGCUUCAUGGUGAACAACAACCAGGGAGGGAAGCCUGGGCAGGCCAGGGAACUGUGGUCACAACUGGAGGGGGGGCAAGGUGUCGGACCGGGAGUGGGUGAUGAGUGUGCUUGGCCCAUCAAUCUGAUCAUCAAUUUAGGAAGUCUGUUGGUAGAUGCGAUGGUUAGGGAGGUGAAGAUUGACAAUAAUCUCUUCAGAAAGACCAGUGAACAGAAGCUGAUACCUGCCCUGUACCACAUGUACACCUAUAGGAACAUCAAGCAAGUGGGCAUCAUCAAACCCCACCCCAUGCUGGUACAGUUAGUAGAGGGUGCCCAGGACACCAGCCUUGUGUUUGACAGCAGCCUCCUGCCCAUGCUCAUGCCUCCUGUGCCUUGGUCUUCUGUCAAGAAGGGUGGCUUUCUAUUAUCUCCAACCAAGUUGAUGCGAUCCAAUGAUGCCACAUUGCAACAUGAACUACUCCUGGAGAAAGUUGGGACAUCGGAGUUAUAUCCCAUCUUGGACUCACUUAACCAGUUAGGAGCCUGUGCCUGGAAAAUCAAUCAACCAAUCCUGGACUUGGUUAUUCGAGUGUUCAACAACAAGGGCAGUAAAGAGUUGGACAUUCCCCAACCUGUCUCUGAGGCCCCUACCUUCCCCAAACUGGGAACAGAGAUCCUAACAAAUGGAGAUAAGCAAGCAAUGAGGAAGCAGAUGGCUCAAGUGCGGAAGUUACGCAGUGAGAUGCACAGUCUUAGGAUGGACAUGCUGUACAAACUGUCCAUUGCUAAUCGGUUCCGUCAUGAGAUUUUCUACUUUCCCCACAACAUGGAUUUCCGAGGCAGAGUCUACCCAUGUCCUCCCCACUUCAACCACCUAGGGAGUGAUGUGGCCAGGAGCAUCCUGGUGUUUGCUGAAGGACGCCCUUUAGGAGAAAAGGGGCUAGAAUGGCUCAAGAUCCAUCUGGUUAAUCUUACAGGCUUCAAGAAAAAGAACUCCCAGAUGGAGAGGUUAGAGUAUGCAAAUGAGAUGAUGGAGGAGAUAUUUGACUCUGCAGACAACCCAAUGACGGGCCAUAAGUGGUGGAUGACAGCAGACGAGCCCUGGCAGGCCCUUGCCUGUUGUAUGGAGAUCGCCAACGCUGUACGGUCACCCGACCCUCAGGCUUACGUCUCACACUUCCCUGUACACCAGGAUGGUUCAUGUAAUGGACUACAACAUUAUGCUGCUCUAGGGAGGGACAUCACAGGUGCUCACCAGGUUAACCUCAUGCCUGCUGAAUCCCCCCAGGAUGUCUAUAGUGGAGUAGCCCGGCAGGUGGAGAAACUGAGAGCUAAGGAUGCAGAAGAAGGAGUGAAGGUUGCUCAGGUGUUGGACGGCUUCAUCAAAAGAAAGGUGGUGAAACAGACAGUGAUGACUGUAGUUUACGGGGUGACGAGAUACGGAGGACGCCUCCAGAUUCAGCGGCAGCUGAAAGAUAUCCCAGACUUCCCUCAGGACCACGUGUGGGAGGCCUCUGGUUACUUGGUGAAGAAGGUCUUCAUGAGUCUGAGAGAGAUCUUCACUCUAGCCAGAGAGAUCCAAGACUGGCUGACAGAAAGUGCCCGUCUGAUUUCCCAUGUUGGCUCAGCAGUGCAGUGGGUUACCCCCCUCGGCCUUCCAGUGGUACAGCCCUACCACAAAGUCAAGAACAAAUUGGUCAGAAAUGAGAUGCAGAACAUCAUCUUGAAUGUUUCCACUGACACCUCAGAACGACCAGACAUCAUCAAACAGAAGAAUGCUUUCCCUCCUAACUUCAUCCACUCUUUGGACUCCACACACAUGAUGCUCACCUCCCUCCAUUGCCAGCAAGCUGGAAUACAGUACGUUUCUGUCCACGACUGUUUCUGGACACACGCCUGCACUGUGGACACUAUGAACAGGAUCUGCCGGGAGCAGUUUGUGUCGCUCCACAGCCAGCCAAUCCUGGAGGACCUCUCUAAAUACCUUCUCAAGGAGUACGGAAGUCUUCCUCCUGAACUCCAGACCUCGCCUACCGCAGUCUCCAAACAUGACAAACUCAUGGAGGUGCUGGUCGAUGUUCCACCAAAGGGAGAGUUUGACUUGAGGAGGGUGCUGGACUCCACCUAUUUCUUUAGCUAGUUAGGUUUUGUAGAAAUACA